UUUAUAGCUCUGAUGAUGCAGAAUGGCAAAAUGAAAGACUUUGAUUAUUUAUUCAUGGAAGACACCGGUUUCCUUCAGGAUGUGUAAUGCAUCUAAGAGAUGAUGCCAGCAAGGCAACUCCAGUUACAGAUCGACACGGAACCAAGAACAGUAGUGCGACUCCUUUAAGAGGGCGCUUUAAUAAACAAUGAACAUCUCACAUUGACAGCAUGACAUCACCGCUGUUUUUCCCAGACAGAGGCAACAUGCACGGAGGAUGCUGGGACUAUAUUGUCCGAGGAGGAGGAUGCACCAUUCGCCAAAUGUUCUGACAUCGAUGCACUCAUUUAAACGCGAAUCGGUUGAGAUGCUGCGUCGUUGAACGGUUUGAUAUUUCUAGCACUGGCCAUUUAUAAAUGUGUGUCGCUGUUAAAUAGGAAUAUCUGGCAGUGCAUAUCCUGUAUAGCGUAUAGUGACUGCAAACGUAAAAUGGGAAGGAGGUGCAUUAUUGGAGUGGAGUGAACCAGUUUAAUCGGCUUUAUUUGGGGCUUGGUUCGCGUUAAACGAGGACUGGACAGAAUCCUCUCGUCUGGUUUCAUUCACUAGAAUUGGAUUGGAAGGGCUAUGGAUGGACGUUAAAUAAGGCUUAUAUUUUCGGCUGGGCUUCUGCUCGAGCUCUCCAAAACAAAUUCCACUGCACCGACUGACGUCCGUUCUCUCUGGCCGCGUGCCCGGCGGGAUGCGGGUGCACGUCAAGGAGCUGUCCAAGCUGUUGUGGUGCUGACGCGGCUCUGAGCGAACGCGAGCAUGGCUGCUGGGAAGUUGCUGCUCUACGCCGGUCUGUCUCUGUCCCUCUGCGCUCUCGGGAUGCUGGCCGUAGCUAUCUGCUCCGACCACUGGUACGAGACGGACGCCCGGAGGUACCGAGAGCGGUGCCGAAGUUUCUCCAGUCGCCGGAAGGACCCGGGCUUUAUUUACAUCCCCAACAACAGCCUCCCUCUGCGGGCGAGCCGCUCGCGCCUGGACCGCUGGGAGGAAAAGCUGCUGCUGGCGCGGAACAGAAGGCAGCUGUUCGCCAUGAGCGCCGCCGAUGAGUGCAGCAGGCAGUACAACUCCACCAACAUGGGCCUGUGGAGCAGAUGCCAUCGGCUUGGAUUUGAUCAAGAUAUCGAGGACCUUAUUCGAAAAGGGUCCAUUGCAAGAUGCUCCUAUAUUAAGUACCACUACUCCUCGGCCACAAUACCCAAGAAUCUCUCUUACAACAUCACCAAGACCAUACGUCAGGACGAGUGGCACUCUCUGCAUCUGCGGAGGAUGACGGCAGGAUUUAUGGGAAUGGCGGUGGCCAUCAUCCUCUUCGGAUGGGUCAUUGGGAUGCUGGGAUGCUGCUGGGACCGUGGCCUCAUGCAGUAUGUGGCAGGUCUGCUCUUCCUCAUGGGUGGCACAUUUUGCAUAAUUUCCUUGUGCACCUGUGUAGCAGGCAUCAACUUUGAACUGUCCCGUUACCCUCGCUACAUGUACGGCCUCCCAGAUGACAUCAGUCACGGUUACGGCUGGUCAAUGUUCUGCGCCUGGGGUGGUUUGGGCCUGUCCCUCAUCGCCGGCUUCUUCUGCACGCUGGCGCCCUCCAUACAGCCGAUCCCUCGCUCCACGUGCCCCAAAUCCCGCCAAGAAAACGGCACAGUGUGUUAAGGGCCGGCCUCUAAAAAUCCCAGAGCCCUACGUGUGCAGCUGGACAAUGAGGGACAAAACAUAAAAAAAAAAAAAAAAACAUAACUGAAGAUCAAAAUCAUGCUCAUUUAGAAUCAUUUCUAAUCUCACCAACCAGGCCAUUUUUAACCAUGUGUGUGAAUCUACACCUGAGUGUCCUGAUUGUUUAAAUGAAAAAA